UCCUCCAAAAAAGGACCAACCGCACGGACAAGCAAGUUCACAUAUAAUUUAAUUCAAUAUACUGUCUGGAAACAACUUUCCUGAUCAUUAAUUUCUGCCUGACAAGAAUUCAUUGCAAAUUCAACAUCGGGGCUUCAGGCUAAUCACAUCAUUGCAUGGUUCCAUAGCCAAUGUGAAAGCCUAUGUCUAAAUGAUUGCCAUCGGUUACGUUUAAUGAUGGCGAGACGGAGUUCUAUCUCAUGUAGUACACUACUUUUGACUGCGUUGAACUAGAUAGGGAAUUGGGUGUCGUUUUAAGACGUAUUUCCUCAGGAUCAAGGGGCGCUGUGCUGCUGUUUAUUCUUGCUCUGGCUUUGCGGCCUUUUCUGUUGCCUGGAAAAGCCCUCUCACAAGGUUAUGAAAUGAGUGUCAUUUUGAUUUAACCGUGGAGGUCGUUUUUUAAUCCCGGACUCGGUCACUAUUCGGAUGGGUUGAGCCAAGAUGUCGUGCUUUUUACUGCUGUCGCAGCUCCGGUAACCGAUCCUCAUGUUAACCCUUGGGGGAGGAGGGAUUCUUGAGUGCUGUCGCACAACUAUUACUUUCCGACUUCUGCUGUUCGAGUCUGGCAACAACAGAACUGGAAGUGGUUGUGGGUUUUGGUUUUCACGGCGAGACUUGUAAAAUCUCAUUUUUUAAAGGCGAUCGUUGUAAAUGAUCUCUCUGCGUGUGUCUGUGAGGGAGAAUGAGGGAUACCAACGGGAGGAUUUCGUGGCACUACUCGGGAUGAUGGGAAUUCCACCGGUAUGGGCGCUUGGCGCUGGCCAGACUGGAUGAGGAAGUGAGGCUGAGAGAGAGGUCUGCAGAGAGACAACGGCUACCUGGGACUGCGGCAGGAGAGGACCUUUGGGCAGAGGAGAGAGGUCUGCAGAGAGACAACGGCUACUUGGGACUGCGGCAGGAGAGGACCUUUGGGCAGGUUCCUGCAGCGUGUGUCAGGGUGGAGUUACCUGACCCAUGGAGAAUUACUUCCAGACAGAGGCCUUCAACCUGGACAAGGUGCUGGAUGACUUUGAACAGAACCAAGAUGAGACAGACAGUCCCACUCUGUCGGAUGCUAAGUGGAGUCAGAUCCUGGCCCCUCCGACCCACUUCCUGUCUCUGAACCCUGCUCUGGCUUUGACCCCUGACCCCAGGGACGGGGACAGUCCCCUCCCCUUCAAGACCCUUCCAACCCUCGACCAGUCCUCUAACGACUUCCAGGGGCCUGACUCCAAACGCCACCCCGCUGCCAAGCCUCCUUCCUGGGGUGAGGAGAGGCCAGGCCGCACUGCGGAGGUCCACAGCCCUCCGCUCCCCCAACCCAACAUCGGCAAGCUGGUGGGGGGUGAGGAGGGCUUGUCUCCCCCUGUGCCGGCUUCCUCUAGCCCCCCUCCUUACCACCACCACCACCUGGCCCUGGAGAACGGCUUCACCUCUAUCAGCUCCUCUUGUCCUGCUCUCAACGGGCUCAGUGAGGAACCCUGCAAGGGGAACCAAACAAGGGUGACCCCUUCAAACCACCAGCCGCCUGCCCCCUCUGACCCACGUCCUGAUGUCCCUCUGGAGGGUAGGGAGGGGGAGAGGAGUGGUGGAAGCUCUCACAUUAGUCAUUCACACUUUACCUAUGAGGAGAGCCUGGGAGGGGACAGACAGGUGGCAGACAGACAGGUGGCAGACAGACAGGUGGCAGACAGACAGGUGGCAGACAGACAGGUGGCAGACAGACGGGUGGCAGUAGAUGAGUCUAACCCCUGUCUGGAGACAGAGAGCACUUGGGUUGCGUCACCCAUACAGGAGAGGGACAGAGAGGAGGCUGACAUGGCUGGGGGACAGUCACAGGACACUGGGGGGAGAGGACAGAAUGGAGGAUGGAGAGGGGGAAGACCGGGAGAAGACUCUGGGGGGAACGUACAGAAUGGAGGGGUGAUGGAAGAACUGAGAGGGGGGAGAAAAGAGUGUAGGAAGGCUUCUCAGAAGGAGAAGAGGUUGAACGGAGAGCUGGACAAGAGUGGGGGUCAGAAUGGAGAAGUGGCUCUCACCAACGGCCUAGCUACUGCAGGGGAAGAAGAAGAAGAGAGAGGGUCUCUCACACCUCUCCCCUCCAAGGAGGACUCUGUAACAGAGGAGAAGGAGAUGGAGGAGAGCAAGCAAGAGCACGAAGGAGGAGGAGAAAGAGGUGGUAGCUCUUUCCCCAAGAAACUGAACAACAGUUGUUUGCAGCCGGUGAGCUUGCCGUUCGGCGGGGCACGUCCAAAACAGCCGGUCAGUCUCAAACUCCAGAUCCCCCGGCCCCUAUACGAACAGGUCCAGAACCAGCUAGCGCCUUCUGCUAACACCGCCGGCAGCGUUACUGGUGGCGGAAAGAACAAGAACCUUGAGAACCGUGGCGGUGCCGGAACCAUGGAUACGGCAACUGUACUUGCCUCGGGCGACCCUGGUGGUGGUGGCGGUGUUGUGAAGGGGGAGGUGCUAACCGGGGAGUCUCCGUCAUCAUCGGGCCUGGUGGAGGUGUCAGAGAGCAGCCCGGAUAAUGACUUCCAGGCAGGGCAGCAUCACCAGGGGGCUCUGCCCAGGAAACAGCUCUCCUCCCUGGGGGAUGUAGCCCCCGUGUGGGUCCCUGACUCCCAGGCUCCAGUCUGUAUGAAGUGCGAGGUCCGCUUCACCUUCACCAAGAGGAGGCAUCACUGCAGGGCCUGUGGAAAGGUGUUCUGUGCUGCCUGCUGCAGCCUGAGGAGCAGACUGAUUUACAUGGACAGGAAGGAGGCCAGAGUCUGUAUCACCUGUCACUCUGCCCUACUGAGUGCUCAUUCGAGGGAGGGUAUGUGUGACAUGUCUAACCAGAGUCCUAACUCCAACAACCCAGCAGAGUACUGCAGUACCAUCCCACCUCUGCAGCAGAUCCAAUCCUCAGGGACGCUGAGCUCCCUUCCCCCCACUGUCAUGGUCCCUGUGGGAGUUCCUAAAACACCCGGCUCAGAGGGGUCUCUCGCGCGGGAGCAGAGGAGGGUGUGUUUUGCAGACGGGAUCCUACCCAAUGGGGAAGCAGUGGAAUCCCCCAAGCCCCCUGCUACCAGCCCCGCUCCCUCGCGUCCAUUGGCCGUCUCGCAGAGUUCCAACAAAUCCUCCACUGCUGAUUCGUCAGAGGCGUUGUCCCCGGCCCCUGCAGCCCCAGUGGGAAGCCCUGUAGGCAGCUCCAUCAGUCUAAUUCCGGAGGACGGACUUCCUCCCAUCCUCAUCUCCACUGGAGUUAAAGGAGGUACGGGAGGCCACGGCACAGACUAUGCGGUGGAGGAGCGUCCCUCUGAGAUGGUUCUGAUACAGCAGCUGGAGGAGGGAGGUCCUGACCCCUUGGUGUUUGUGCUCAACGCUAACCUGCUGGCCAUGGUCAAACUGGUGAACUACGUAAACAGGAAGUGUUGGUAUGUGACCAGUAAGGGGAUGCAUGCAGUGGGCCAGGCUGAGGUGGUGGUGCUGCUGCAGUGUCUGCCUGACGAGAAGAGCAUCCCCAAAGACCUCUUCAGCCACUUCGUACAGCUCUACCAGGAGGCCCUCACAGGUAAUGUCCUGACCCACCUGGGCCAUUCGUUCUUCACCCAGAGUUUCCUGGGCAGCAGGGAGCAUGGAGGGUUCCUCUACGUCUCCCCGUCUUUCCAGUCCCUCCAGGACCUGAUGCUCCCCAACCCCCCCUACCUGUUUGGGGUGUUGCUGCAGAAGUGGGAGACCCCCUGGGCCAAGGUGUUCCCCCUCCGACUCAUGUUCCGGCUGGGUGCAGAGUACAGAUUCUACCCCUGCCCUCUGUUCAGUGUGCGGUUUAGAAAACCCCUCUUUGGAGAGACCGGCCACACCAUCAUGAACCUGUUAGCAGACUUCCGUAACUACCAGUACACGUUGUCCAUGGUGAAGGGUCUGGUGGUGGACAUGGAGGUGAAGAAGACCUGCAUCAAGAUCCCCAGCAACCGAUACAACGAGCUAAUGAAGGCUAUGAACAAGUCCAAUGAGCACGUCUUGGCCAUGGGGGCGUGUUUCAACGAGCGGGCCGACUCCCACCUGGUGUGUGUACAGAACGAUGACGGAAACUACCAGACACAGGCCAUCAGCAUUCACCAUCAACCACGCAAAGUGACUGGCGCCUGCUUCUUCGUGUUCAGUGGUUCUCUCAAGGCAGGACACCUGGCCAAGACUAGCAUCGUUGAAGACGGUGUGAUGGUGCAGAUCACAGGAGAGACUAUGGACGCUCUACGGCAAGCCCUGAGGGACAUGAAGGACUUCAGUAUCACCUGUGGCCUGGUCGACCAGGAGGACAGACAGGAACAUGUUCACAUACAGUGGAUAGAAGAUGACAUCAACUUCAACAAGGGAGUGAUCAGUCCUAUCGAUGGGAAGUCUAUGGAGUCCAUCACUAGUGUGAAAAUCUUCCAAGGGUCGGAGUUCAAGGCCAACGGGAAGGUCAUCCGCUGGACAGAGGUGUUCUACCUCCAGAGUGAUGACCAGGCUCAGCCCAACGGUCUGAGUGACCCUGCUGAUCACAGCCGUUUGACGGAGAACGUAGCGAGGGCGUUCUGUGUGGCGUUGUGCCCUCACCUGAAACUGUUGAAGGAGGAUGGCAUGGCCAAGCUGAGCCUACGCGUCACCCUCGACUCAGAGCAGGUGGGUUACCUGGCGGGCAGUAAUGGCCAGCCUCUCCUCCCCCGUUACCUGAGCGACCUGGACAGUACCCUGAUCCCUGUCAUCCACAGCGGGGCAUGUCAAUUCAGUGAGGGCCCUGUCAUCAUGGAGCUGGUUUUCUACAUCCUGGAGAUUAUCUCCUAGGAGACGGAUGCAACGGACCCCCCCCCCCUCCUGGUUCUCCCUUUCUCUCUGCCACCACCUCUUUUUUUUCCUCCUCCCAUUCUGCCUCGCCUCCCAUCCCUUCAGAGGGGCUGAAAACUGAGCAGGGCAGCUAGCUAAUGUUACUGUCCCUUCACCAGAUGGACAGCUAGCUCUGCUGGUUAGCUACCAGCUAGCUAAUGUUACUGUCCCUUCACCAGAUGGACAGCUAGCUCUGCUGGUUAGCUACCAGCUAGCUAAUGUUGCUAUCCCUUCACCAGACGGACAGCUAGCUCUGCUGGUUGGCUACCAGCUAGCUAAUGUUGCUAUCCCUUCACCAGACGGACAGCUAUCUCUGCUGGUUAGCUACCAGCUAGCUAAUGUUACUGUCCCUUCACCAGACGGGCAGCUAGCUCUGCUGGUUAGCUACCAGCUAGCUAAUGUUGCUAUCCCUUCACCAGACGGACAGCUAGCUCUGCUGGUUGGCUACCAGCUAGCUAAUGUUGCUAUCCCUUCACCAGACGGACAGCUAGCUCUGCUGGUUGGCUACCAGCUAGCUAAUGUUGCUAUCCCUUCACCAGACGGACAGCUAUCUCUGCUGGUUAGCUACCAGCUAGCUAAUGUUACUGUCCCUUCACCAGACGGACAGCUAGCUCUGCUGCUUAGCUACCAGCUAGCUAAUGUUACUGUCCCUUCACCAGAAGGACAGCUAGCACUGCUGGUUGGCUACCAGCUAGCUAAUGUUGCUAUCCCUUCACCAGAAGGACAGCUAGCUCUGCUGGUUAGAUACCAGCUAGCUAAUGUUGCUAUCCCUUCACCAGACGGACAGCUAGCUCUGCUGGUUAGAUACCAGCUAGCUAAUGUUGCUAUCCCUUCACCAGACGGACAGCUAGCUCUGCUGGUUGGCUACCAUCUAGCUAAUGUUGCUAUCCCUUCACCAGACGGACAGCUAGCUCUGCUGGUUGGCUACCAGCUAGCUAAUGUUGCUAUCCCUUCACCAGACGGACAGCUAGCUCUGCUGGUUGGCUACCAGCUAGCUAAUGUUGCUAUCCCUUCACCAGACGGACAGCUAGCUCUGCUGGUUGGCUACCAGCUAGCUAAUGUUGCUAUCCCUUCACCAGACGGACAGCUAUCUCUGCUGGUUAGCUACCAGCUAGCUAAUGUUACUGUCCCUUCACCAGACGGACAGCUAGCUCUGCUGCUUAGCUACCAGCUAGCUAGCGUCCCUCUACUCCACCUAUGCACCAUCUCUUCUCUGUCCUUGGACCAGAUCACAUGAUCCAGGAAGUCUGAGUAGCAUUCCAGUUCCACUGUGGUAGCUAGAGGACAAAGCAGAAGCACUGCACUCUGGGAAAUGUAUUCUCUGAAGGCCUUGUUGUAGCAUGGGGUGCUCUGAGGACCUGAUGGAGAGGUGUCCAGAGCUCUGCCUGAUGAAACGGCGCUUCGAUCUCCGCUGACAGGGACUUUACGCGGUCCGGUGAGCUAGGAAGAUUAAAGAAACUCAUAAGUGGAGAGAGAGGAAGCAUCCUCCUGUUGAUGCGGUUUCAUUUGCACCCCGGUGCUCAGUGUCAGUGCCUGCAGGCACAACUCUUCACAGAGGAAGGAAGGGUUUAAGGAAUGAUUGAAGGAAGGAUGCACUCUCCUCGGGUCUUAAGUCUGGCCUCUUUUAGCUUUAUCCAAUGAUCACCAGAUUCUUUAUUUCCUGACACGGACCGACUACAGUUUGUUUGCUCUAGUUGUGUUGUUGGAAUGUUUUCAGGCAACACAAUUGUAGUUGUCUCACUAGAUCCUCCUGUAGCAGAGAUGCAGCACAGCAUCCUACUCCCUAUUUAGGGCACAACUUGACCCCAUAGGCCUUUGGUGAAAAGUCGUGAGCUAUAUAAGGGACAGGGGUCCAUAGAUUUGGGAUGCAGCCCAGCCCAGGACUGCCCUCUGCUGUGUGAAUAAGGACCUAAACAGAUUUGUAAGAAUAAUGAAGUUCUGUUCUUGAGGAUGAGAAACUGUAAGGUCUUAUUUUUGAUCUGUCAAUAUUAUUUUUGUCGAUUAAAUUUGGCAGAACAACCCCCCCCAAUAGACAUGCUGACAUUUUGUAUCUGAAGUUGUGUGUAAACAAACAUCAAUAUAUUAUUAAGUACGUGAGACAUGACCAUUGUGGUUUUGUUGGUAUAAAACAAUAUGCCUACGAUAAGAACGAGCAGUGCUACAAUAGAUAGACAAGUCUCAUCUGUAAACUCAGACAAUCACGCAUGAAUAUCUGCAGGAGAUGCAUUGACAAACAUCAUUUAUACCAUAUGUAUUAAAGAUAGUCAUUUGAUUGUGACGAUAAAAUAAAUGUGGUUGGCAGGACAGUAUUGAGGACGUAGUAUAAUGAGGACAAUGAAUAAACAAACUGCUAUGGACAAAUUACAUUAAAAUGGUUAUUGUUGGAGGGUUUCAUUCCUCCUGGGUCGUGUUCAUUCGGCACCAAACGGAAGAAAACAGACUGUGACAGGAAGGGACUAACUGAACUACCUGUCCAAUGAGGAACACUUGUUUUCAUUUUCCAAUGCAAAAUGUUUUGCGCUAAUUUAAUACGGCGUUGGAGUUGUCCAAUAAGAAACACACUUUUUUUUGGUGUCUUUUGCAAAAUUAUUUUCUGUAACAUGCCCUAAUGAACAGUACCCAGUUUUCUGGAGAGGGGGACGAUCAUUGUCAUUGUGUGUGUGUGUGUCAGUGGCUUCCUUAUCCUCACACUGCAGUGUGCGCAACUUCAAUAGGAAACAUUUUAAAGAUUCUUUUGGUCCCAAGAUUUUCCAUGGAUGUAUUGGAACCUUAGGAAACGGCGCGGGACCUACCUAAAAUGGUCCAAUAGAAACUCUGUAGUUAUGACCAAUCAUCUUCCGUCUGCUUACGGUGUACACUAGUGAACACACCCUUUGACUCCCCUCCCUCCCAUUACUUCAGGUGUGCAUUACCCGACGGUGUAAUUGUUUUGUUUUUGCAAUUUUGUUAUUGAAUUCAACAGACUUCUACCAGAACUCUGUACUGCAUGUAUACAGAAACCAACUCAACAAGCUCGCAAUGGUGACGAGAGCAAACCAACUUCUCUGCAGACAAUAUUCUGCCGUCGUGUGGAUUGAGUCCAACACAAAAACAUCCAUUGAAUCAGCCUUGAACAUGGCUGGAUUUUCAGAAAAUCCUGUUUUCUUCUUAAUUUUAACAUUUUGAUAUCAUCAAUCCCAAAAAAAUACAUCUGUAUGAAAAGCCAAAAACCCUGUACAUCUUACUGUUCACUACAAAUGUCUAAACCAGUCUAUCAAACUGUAGUAUAAUAAAAAUGUAUAUAAAAGUUAAAA